AUGUCAACCCAACAACCAACUCCGCAACAGAUGGAGGAAGCAAGCAUACAAGCACGCCGAAGCGCAGACUUCGAAAAAGCCAAAACCUACAUUGCAUACGGCUUCCUAGUCCUCUCACCAGUCCUAAUCGCCCUGCCACCGCGAAAACUCGACCACUUAACAGUGGCGCACGCCGCCGCCUUCGCAUUCUCCGCAAACUACAUCACGGAACAACGAACAGGACGCAGCAUAGUCGACCGCGUACACUCUCGAAUCGCCCGGCCCUCAAUUCUAAGCGAUUUGCCUUCUGACCGAGCCCAAGAAGUGCAGAAGCGGUUACGCGCUGCUCGAGAGGCGCAGUUACGGGAGGGUGGAAUGCCUGAAGAUGAGAUUGAGAAGUGGAAGGCUUUGCAACGGAAACAACAGCAGGGUGUUGCGGAGAGAGUUUGGUUAGGUGGAGAGUCUGAAGGAUGGAUGGAGAAGAGGUUAAGGGAGGAGCAGAAGGCGUUGGAAGAAGGGAAGGGAUAUGGAGAUUUGAUUUAUGAGUAUAUUUGGGAUGUGUGGAGCUGGGGAAAGAAGGAUGAGGAGGAUGAUGAUGAAUAG